UGAGGGUUGGAUUACUGAUAUAUGAGGGGAUACUGCUGGCUAGGAGUAGUGAGGGUUGGAUUACUGAUAUAUGAGGGGUACUGCUGGCUAGGAGUAGUGAGGGUUGGAUUACUGAUAUAUGAGGGGUACUGCUGGCUAGGAGUAGUGAGGGCUGGACUACUGAUAUAUGAGGGGUACUGCUGGCUAGGAGUAGUGAGAGUUGGAUUACUGAUAUAUGAGGGGUACUGCUGGCUAGGAGUAGUGAGGGUUGGAUUACUGAUAUAUGAGGGGAUACUGCUGGCUAGGAGUAGUGAGGGUUGGAUUACUGAUAUGAGGGGAUACUACUGGCUAGGAGUAGUGAGGGUUGGAUUACUGAUAUAUGAGGGGAUACUGCUGGCUAGGAGUAGUGAGGGUUGGAUUAUUGAUAUGAGGGGUACUAGGAGCUCCUUUGGACUACACAUCCCAUGAUGCUCAGUGACCUGUGUUGGCUGAGCAGUGUGUGAAUUGUAGUCCAGGCAGUGGGUUGGCCAGUCUUGUCUCUGAUCCCCAGCACUGCUAGCAUUGCAGCUACGAGCAAAGCAUCCCGGGAGUUGUAGUUGUAGCCCAGCCCCCUCACAGCCCCAUUCCCGGAAGUGUCGUAAAACCCGAGGCGGAAGGCUGGUCUGGCAGUGCCGGCGGUCUCGCUUUGCGGCCGCGGUGAGAGCGGGAGGCAGGCCGGCCUGGCUGGGUGAUGAGGGUCCCGGAGAGCCGGCAGUGACAGUCUCUCAGCAUGGCCGACACCCCGUGUGGGAGCGGCCCCCCCGGGCCGGAGGAGGACGAGGGCCCCAAGGGCCACCACCGCCACCAUCACCCCCACCAUCACCACCACCAGCUCAACGGCCUCAUCGGCCCCGACCUGCGGCUCCUCAAGGCCGUGUCCGCCAAGGGCCCCGGGGAGCCGGACACGCGGACUGCAGGGGCCCCCAACGGGCUGGACCGGGGCCCCAGGGAGCCCAGGGGCCCCGAGCCGGCAGACAGCUCCCUCCCCGCCGGCCUGGCCGCCUGCAGCCUCCGGGAGGGCGAGCCGGACAUCCGAUACGUGCGCUACGAGUCCGAGCUCCAAAUGCCGGAUAUCAUGAGACUGAUCACCCGAGACCUGUCCGAGCCCUACUCCAUAUACACCUACAGAUACUUCAUCCACAACUGGCCCCAGCUCUGCUUCCUGGUAAGACAUGGCUACUGGCCGGGGCUGGGGGGCUACUGGCCGGGGCUGAGGGGGGCUACUGGCCGGGGCUGGGGGCUACUGGCCGGGGCUGGGGGGCUACUGGCCGGGCCUGGGGGGGCCAGGGCUACUGGCCGGGCUGGGGGGCUACUGGGGCCUAGUGGCCGGGGCCGGGGCUGGGGGUCAUAUAUAUAGACUGCCUAUAAUGGGCGCGUAGCCAGCGCUGGGGGGGUCAUGUAUACCAGGGGUAAAUUUUAUCUUUGCUACAGCCUCAUUUUCACUCGUUAGUGACCAGUGGGAAUUUUGAGCUAUUGUGUGGUAAUAAUAUCAUGACCUCAAACAAUGGUAUUGUGAUGUCAUAAGACCAGUCUGGGGGCCCUUGUAGUACAGAGAGCUGAAGCAUGAUGCAACACCUAAAUGAUAAAUGUAGUGUUUAUUAGGAUGCUAGCAAGUGGGUCAGCAUGCGCUUGCUAGGAUUUCCUGAUUGUAAAAAAUGAACCCAUGACAUGGUAGACAUGUCUAGCAGUGUUUGUAGAAUUCUAGGGGCCUAUAACCAUAGUAUCCAUUCAGUUUUUGUAUCCACCUAUAGUUGUAUGUGUUGAUAUCAUUGGCAUUUCUGUUCAACCUCAAUGACAUUGACUGAGAAUGCUUGUCUAUCCAACCCCCAGCACACUCGGUCAACCAGUGUUGUCUGAUUAAAACACACAUUUUUAAAGUGUAACGGAUGCUCUCUUUAAUUUUGGGAAUGUCUACGGUUGGUGGCUUUGUGCAGCAAGCACUGCACAGACUAGAAUGCAGCCAACUGACCUCACAUUACUGUCAGAGCUCCAAACUAAAAAAAAUCUAUAUUUUAAACAUCAAAUAGAACAACUUUGAUAUUAUAGAGGUGAAUUCUGAGGAAACCAAACACGUCUGAUUCUCAUGACUCCCCUAUGCUACGGUACUCUGUGAAGUUAAUGGCUCUAUAGUGUAUGCUGGAAGACUACAGCUCCCACAAUGCAUCAAGUGGUAUGAGGGCAUGCUGGGAGACUACAGCUCCCACAAUACAGCAGGUGGUGUGAGGGCGUGCUGGGAGACUGCAGCUCCCACAAUACAGCAGGUGGUGUGAGGGCGUGCUGGGAGACUGCAGCUCCCACAAUACAGCAGGUGGUGUGAGGGCGUGCUGGGAGACUGCAGCUCCCACAAUACAGCAGGUGGUGUGAGGGCGUGCUGGGAGACUGCAGCUCCCACAAUACAGCAGGUGGUGUGAGGGCGUGCUGGGAGACUGCAGCUCCCACAAUACAGCAGGUGGUGCGGCGUGUACAGGGGCACAAACUCCACAUAACAGAGUAGUGCGGCGUGCUGGGAGCCUGCAGCUCCCACAGCCACAGCAGGUAGUGCUGAAGGCGUGCUGAGACUACAGCUCCCUGGCUCUGCUUUGAGCUUAAUAUGGCUGCUCCUUUUAUGGUGUGACUUGUCUCUGGAGCUCUGUUGGUGGUAAGUGCUGAUGUCUGGUGCAGCUCCCACACAUAUAGGGACCUCUUCCUCCUUGCCACAGCAUUCAGAAGUGGAUCGACAGGAGGGAGACCAGGUAUGUGUGUGGGCCGUGGCACACCGAAAUGUAGCAGACACCAUCUUAAAGGACCACUCUAGGCACCAAGACCACUUCAGCUUAAUGAAGUGGUCUAGGUGCCAGGUCCAGCUAGGGUUAACCCAUUUUUUUUUAUAAACAUAGCAGUUUCAGAGAAACUGCUAUGUUUAUAAAUGGUUUAAUCCUUCCCCCAAAGCCUCUAGUGGCUGUCUCAUUGACAGCCGCUAGAGGCGCUUGCGUGAUUCUCACUGUGAAAAUCACAGUGAGAGCACGCAAGCGUCCAUAGGAAAGCAUUGAUAAUGCUUUCCUAUGUGACCGGCUGAAUGCGUGCUCAGCUCUUGCCGCGCGUGUGCAUUCAGCCGACGGGGAGGAGAGAGGAGGAUCGGAGGAGGAGAGCUCCCCGCCUAGCACUGGAAAAAGGUAAGUUGUUUUUUUGUGUGUUUUUUUUUUUUUUUUUUUUCUCCUUUCCAGAGCCGGGCGGGAGGGGGACCCUGAGGGUGGGGGCACCCUCAGGACACUAUAGAACGAGUAUGUUUUCCUGGCACUAUAGUGGUCCUUUAACUUGGGCCCCGCUCAUAAGUUGUUGUUUUUUUUUUUGUUUUUUUUUUAACCCCUGCAGUGACAUUCCACGUAUACGACGACCCCCAAGUUUUUGCCUGGUAUCCGAGUUCUCAUAUUCUAUUUUUGUUGCAUAUCCUAUCUCUGCCUAGUUGUGGCUGGGGCAAUUGUGUAGUUGAGCUUAUUUUUGCUAUCGCAUUGGUGUUGGCAGUAUUUUAUUAAACCGCCCACCCAUGCUUAUUUUUUAGCACUGUAAAAAAAGCUACCUCCACGUCUAGUUUGUGCCAAAUCCCAGGUUCUGUGACCGCUACAACGACCAAAAUAUAAUGGAGUCUUCUCAGGCAAUCUGGUCUUAUUGAUUUACAACUGAGAACUGUAGUAUCAAUAAACCCUUUUGUGAUCCAUGACUUGCCAGCUGUUUCUCAUUAAUUAAAUAAUAUGAAUGAAAGUGUCAGCUGCUAUGACCCAGAAUCACAUUUAAUAAACCAUCACUUUCAUACUACUUCAUAGACUCAGAAAGGAAGUGCUAUGGUGUAAAUGUUUUAUUAUAUACAAUAUAUGUACUGACAUAACAUUUCUGGUGUAUCUAUUUAACGCACGUUGUUACAGAUCCUAUUAACACACUGUCAAUGGGUUCAGUAUCCUCAGCAAUUAACAUCCGUCAUUAAAUGUGCAUUAGACUGCUUAAUGCUAUUUUGUCCUAUAUACCUUGAAAAUUUAGUGUCAAAGAAUAAAUUCUAGGAACGCUAGUCCAUUAGAAGGUAGACCAGAUUUGUUUGCUAUUUAAUUUGUGAAAGUCACACGAUGCAACAUUGAUUUGGUGCUCCGUAACCUAAAGAAUAUGCACCCUUUAAACACUCACAAAAGCCACUGUUAUUAUAAAGGAUGCUAAAAAAAAUUUGUGCAGAAUGUCCUGGGAAAUCGGGUUAACCCAGUGAGCAUUGGUUUACAGUCGCACUGAGGGGUUAAGGACACAUUCCAAUCCUCAAGUGGGCCACUGUGACAGGUGAACUGCGUGGUCAUGUAAUUCUGCCAAUUCCAAGACACCAUAAGUAGGAGUGAGGUUACAACUGAACUAUUGUUAUAUUACAGCUAAACAGCUGGCCGGGAGCUAGGUCAAAGUUGAAAAUAUUUUAAAAUUUAGAACCAGAUAAAGACAUAGUACAAUAGCGCUGGAAUACUUUGGAGAGUCCUUGUUAAAGGAACACUAGUGUUAGGAAUACAAACAUGUAUUCCUAACUCAAUAGUGAGGAAGUGGCUGUUUAGGUGGUCAGCCACCUUUUGAUGGCAGUAAAGGAGUAGUUCCCUUUUCUCCACCAUCGCAAUGUUCUCAGCACGGAUGGCCCCACAUCUAUGGUGGAGAUCAAUCUUGAGCUCAGCCAAUCCAAUGCCUUUUUUUAAAGUAAAGCAUUAGGCGGCUAUUGCGCAUACACAGCAAAGUGAUCUCAUCUAGAGGUGUUACUAGGCAGCAAUUUAAACACUGCUUUUUGUCUGCAAUAGUAGUAUGCACUUUGGAAAGCCUGCAGGGAUAGGCUAUAUACAUCAGAACCACUACAUUGAGCUGUAGUGGUCCUGGUGACUAUAGUGUCCUUUUUAAAGGGACCCUAUAGUCACCAAAGCAGUUUUGGUGUAUAGAUCAUGCCCCUGCUGUCUCACUGCUCAAUUCUCUGCCAUUGAUGAGUUAAUCGCUUUGUUUAUGCAGCCCUAGCCACACCUCACUGUACAUGAUUUACAUAGCCUUCCUAAACCCUUCCUGUAAAGUCAGAUCUAAUGUUUACCCUUCCUUUAUUGCAAAUUCUUCAUUUAAAAUGUAUCUCCUGCACUGUUAAUAGCUUGAUAAACACUGUAGGAGCCUUAUGUGUAUGAUUAAAUAUCACUUUACAGAGCAGCAGAUAAGUAUUUCUAAAGCAAGGGUUAACAUGAUUGCAAAUGAAACCAUUUUUACAUGUAGGCAGUGUGUUACAGCUAUGGGAGGUGUUACUAGGGCUGCAUGAACAGAAACAAAGGUAAUUUAACUCUCAAAUGGCAGAGAAAUCAGCAGUGAUAUGAUCUAUACACCAAAACUCCUUCAUCAAGCUAAAAUUGUUUUGGUGACUAUAGUGUCCAAUUACUACAGCAGAGAUCACACUACAAUCGAUAAUACAGAUAUAAAUGAAUGAUCGAAUAAGGAGCUCACUAUGUAAGCCCUAUUUCUCACAAGACCAACCACAUAAAAGCUAAAUUUAUCAAAGAGGCACAUUAUUAAAACCAUAAUCUUUAUUACAAAGAUUCCAACUAAAAUCAUACAAUACAAAUAUAAUAGUCCAUCACCCCUAAGCAACGUAGACUCCUAUAUCCAAAAAAAGCUUGUAUUAAACUCAAUUGAAUAAGUUCAACUGUCAACUGGUGAGACACCACAAGAAGAUGAGGAGAGUUAAACAAAUGUCAAAGAGCCCCUCUUCCAAACCAAAUUGCACAGGAUACAAUAUGGCAGAGUUCCCAAUUAAUUCUCCGCCUCCCCCCUGGCUGUCGGGCGGGCGGUGAGGGAGCAGUGAUCUUCCUGCUCAGCUCCCUCCCCGCCCUUGGCCAUUUUGUUUUACACAAUUUUGGCGGAACCCAAAUUGGGAAACGCUGCAAUAUGGGAUAUAAUAUGUAAGUUAUUAUUCACUUGAGUUGUAUAUGUAAGAAAUGUAUAUGGUGCAAGGAGGUCCUGGGUGCCACCUUACCUCAAGAGGUUAAACUUGGGGUUUACUUUGCGGUCAUUUGGCAUCUUGGUCCUUCUCAUACCAUAACAACUUAAUUCCUUUUAAGUUUAUAUCACUCUUGGACAUAAGUAGGUGCUAAAUUAUUAAAAUGUAAUUUUGUGCACUGCAAAUGUCUUGUUAACUGGAACUUCAGUAUUUGACUUUUAAGCAUGGGGUUCAGUUAUCGUAUGUGACCUUUGUCCUGAUAGAGGGUUCUAAUUUCCAAAGAAUUCAGUAUUGACUCCGUGAGCCUUCCUAAUUGGACUUUUUUUCUCUAUUCGCUGGGCAUUACAUCAUCACCUGCUACAUGGCAGUACCUGCACUGGGGGCAACUGGACAGAUAACUUUUCAACAAUAAAGACAAGAUCAGCACAAGAACCAUAGUGACUUGCAGAAGUUAGGUUGCAUGUCUUCUGGCAGUGAAUAGACUUUAUCCCAAACCUGUGAAAAACUAGGCUCCUUGUGUGCGUUUCACCAUCUGGAAAUAAUACCCAAGCCUAGCCCACAACGAAAACCGCUAGUCCAGCUGGAUUUCUGCUGACUGGGAUACAAUUUUCACUCUCCCAGAACUCAGUACAUUUUCCGCAGUCUGUAUCCACCAAGAUAUAUCACGGGCUGAGGGAAUAUGCUCUUCUCACUGAACACUGCCGGGAGGGAUGUAGUUGCGGGUUCCAAGUGUCUUGUCUUCUAGGUUGGUAAUCUACUUGCUCAACUGCAAAGGAGGAGACUGCUACCUGUGGAAUGGAUGCUAUAUUAUGUGUUAUUUGUACAUUUUUUCUUUUUGGCAGCCGUAUUGUAGCCUAUAGCAAAGUACCUUUUUGCAUUGUUAAAGUAUUACUAUAGGCAAACAGACCACUUCAGCUCAAUGAUGUGGUCUGGGUGCCAGGUCCCUCUAGGGUUAACCCUGCCUGCUGUAAACAUAGCAAUUUCACUGAGGGUUAAUCCAGCCUCUAGUGGCCCUGAGGGGGGACGGGGACCUAAUGACCCUAUAGUGCCAGGAAAACGAGUUUGUUUUCCUGGCACUAUAGUGCUCCUUUAAGCCCAAGUGAUGAUUAGUAACCAGUCUAUAAUUACAGCAAGCUUCCCAUGGUUCCUGACAAAUAUAGGAUUUAUUGACGUCUGUUUUUUUUAAAUCAUGAAGUGAUUUGUACAUAUAGAUUAAAGGCAACUAGAUCUCCUGCAAUGUAGACCGUUUUAAUUUACCGAUGUGCAGUACAGGGUUACUUACUAAAGGGAGAGUUCAAAGUUCAUUUUAACUUUAAGGCCAAAGUCGCCUGUGACCAGUGCUGCUGUUUUUACAUUGAAUUUCGCUUUAAAUUCACCUUGUUUUCUAACUAAAGCUGGCUUCAUUGAGUCAUUUUUACACGGGCACCAUAACCACUACAGCUUAACUUAAACAUGUGUAUCCCAGGAACUUGUUAAAAAGGUUUAUUUUAAAACCUCUGUUUCACUUACAGCUGAAUUGAGGUUGUGCAGCCAUGAUCUAUUGGAGGGAAGCUGUACAGAUAGCACGUCUUGACAUGUAGCAUUUUUGUAAGACAUACCCUUUUACAUUAUGUAGAAAAUGGAACGCCCUGAGUCACGCCAGCAAUAUAAUGGCUUUGGGUGGGGUGUAUGUAAGGUAAUCAGCUGUGACAGGCCAUCAGCAAUGCGUUAAACCUCAAAAAGUAAAUUAUUAUUUAACCAUCCUGCUCCUGAAUAGAAACACGCACUUUGCUGGUGGAAAUCUUUCUAUUAAACUGAACCAGUCAUGCUACAAGAUCUGUGAGUGUUUAAGUAAUAACUGCCCUCCAGUUCUGAUUUUAUUAUUUAAUGUUAUUUUAAUAGUUUUGUAAGCAUAUGCCAUUGUUAAAAUUGUUUAAUGGGUCUCAAACAAGUUAUCAACUUGCACACACUGUAGGUCCUUUGGUGCCCCCUGGUGUUCCUUCAAAGAACUGGAGCUUUGUUCAAUCUCAGUGCCUUUAUCUCUGUCCAUAAUUAGUUAUUUAUAUUCCACAGUGCUGUUUAAUAGGUAAACCUUUAAUUCAACCAGAACAAGUUUGAAAUAAGGGUAAAAAUGAGACUGUACACCAUAACCUCUUUUGUUUCUUGUAUAGGUUAUAGUAUAUGGAAGCCUCUCUGCUCUCAGACUGAUGGGCUGUCCAGAUAUGACUAUGAUCAGCCUGAGAUGCAAUCUCAUCUACCGACUCCACACACAAAUUGUCAGACACUGCGCGAUUGAUAAUAAAGUUAACGGUUUCUGAACUAUUAAAUUGUGCAAAGACUCCUCUUUAACUGUGCAAACAGAUAAACUGGCCCUUUAAUAUAGUGAAUUUCUUACCUGUGGGAAAACCUUAACUUUUUUUUCUUUUUUUGUGGGCAAGUGUAGUUUAUCGUGGUUUGUAUUUAUAUUUGAAUUUUCCAGAAACCUCUUAAAUCAUACGUUGCAAUACUUGUAUUUCAGGCCAUGGUGGAAGAAGAGUGCGUAGGUGCCAUUGUCUGCAAGUUGGAUAUGCACAAAAAGAUGUUCCGGAGAGGUUAUAUAGCCAUGUUAGCGGUGGAUUCCAAAUACAGGCGGAAAGGCAUUGGUAAGAAAACCGCAUUCUGUUUCUUACAGAUCUUAAAGGGACAUUCUAAGCACCAAAGCAACUUUAUCUUAAUGACACAGUUUUGCUCUAUAGAUCAUACCUCUGCUUUCUCAAUCUCUGCCAUUUUAGAGUUAAAUGACAUUUGCUUCUGUUUAUGCAGCCCUAGCCACACCUCCCAUGGCUGUGACUGAUGCAGCCUGCAUGAAAAAAGGUUCCAUUUUCAGAUGUGACAGCACUGUGUUUACUUUAGAAGUUUUUAUCUCCUGCUCUGUUAAUUGAACUUUAGUACAUGCAGGAGGAGAUAAGGAAUUCUAAAUUAAAACGGCUAUGCCAGGGGUUGGCAACCUUCGGCACGCCACAUGUUGUAGGGCUAUGUGAUAAACAAUAAAGUUUAAGCACCAGAUCUCUCUUUUCAGGACUGUGUAGGUCACAUGCACGAGCGGUGGAACAAGAGCUGCAUACACAAAAGUGAUUUUACAACUAAAUGACAGAAAAUUGAGCAGUGAAACAACAGGGGCAAGAUCUAUACACAAACUGCUUUUUAUUAAGCUAAAGUUGUUUUGGUACUUAAAGUGUCUCUUUAAGCUAGCUGUUUCGUUUCAGCAGAAAAAAAGUGCUUAUGCACAUCUCAUGCUUUUAAGACCACAUAUUAAACUAAUAACAAAUUCAUAUAAUCUACACAUGCAAAUGUGGUAUGUACUCUGUAAGCUUAUAUUGGAUGUUUUCACCUAGAUAGUGGAAUCCUUCCUUGGAGAACUAGUUUUUUGUAGAUUUUAUAAUUGCACGUUUACUGCAAAUCUUGAGUUGUCUGGCGCUGCACAACCUCAGUUUCACCAGAUCCCUAAUUUUCUCUACUGGAUUGAGAUCUGUGAUGUGAGCCUAGCUGUGGGAGUAAAUGGAAGUUUGUUUUAUUUUUAGGAGCUAGCUUUAGAUGGCACAUACCCCCUUCUGCUGGAAGUAUCUGUAGCCGUAAUGCAUGGGUAUACUGUGGUAUCUAGUUGGUGAUAAGGAAUAUAAUGUAUGGCCAAUAAUAUCCUCCAGUUAGUCAACGGUUGAACACCUGACCUUAGAUGGAAUAUCCAAGAGUUGAAUCACUAAAGCUUAUUGGGGCUCUCAUUGUACCAAAAGCUUGGCCCCUCAGUCACCGUACAAAUAAUCUUAAACAGAAAACAAUUAGGAAAAAACCCAUAAAUGGACAGUUUAGAUGUGUUGCAAAAUCCAUUCACUAAAGUGUUUGUGUGUUUCCCAUCUAAAUUUCAGGUACAAAUUUGGUAAAGAAAGCUAUUUAUGCCAUGGUUGAAGGGGAUUGUGAUGAGGUAAGUCAUUUAAUUCUAAUUUGCUCUAUUGUUCCAUAUUGUUGACAUCACCUUUUACUUAUGUGAGUGCUUAAACAUGCUAGGAUAUACUGUUAACUGAUUAAUUUGUGAGGCUGGAUAAAAAAGGUAGGUUAACUUUAUCUUCAUUGGGGGAUGACACCUGGCAUAGAUCGGGUUAAGGGUUACUCCAUGCCUCCUAACCACUAAACCCUGCUGUAGUGUUUGACGUGAGGAGUGUCUAGCCCCGUUGCCUUAUAAUAGAUUGUCCUCAUACCUGGGUCCGCACUGUCCAGCCGAUUUGCUUGUCUGGUGGUGUGCAUCCAGCUUAUGCAGAGCUGCAGAUGCCGAUCCCAUCACCAUUAAUUGGCUGAGGAAGUCAGCUGACCACUCUCCGCCAAUGAACGACAUUCUGUGCAGAGACACAUGCACAGAACUAACAUUAGCCAGCAAGGAACUCUUGUUCUGGGAUUGCUAAUGGUGCCCCAAUGACGCUGCCAGAAGUGGAGUUACACCUCUGGCAGUAAAGGGGAUUAACUCUAUAUGUGCAGAAUUUCAUAGCAAUACACCACACAUACAGACUGCGAGCACCAUGACCACUUCAAACACUGCAGUGCUUAGAAUAACUCUUUUAAAGAAACCUCCAAAUGUUUAGUUUUAAGGGAACAGUCUAUAAUUAAAGCAGGUAAUUGGUUUAUGUGGGGAGAUUUAUCAUGCCUAAACUGGUGCUUUUUUAAGGAACAUUCUAUUGGUUUCCAUGGUGAUUGCCCUUUAUUUAGCACUUUGCCCCAGAAUUGCACGUUUGCCUUGGUACAUCUCCCCGGUAAUGUUUGAUACGUUUUAAUACGCAGUAACUUGCCUCACUUGGAUAGUAAGUGUCUGUCAGGGGGCACUUUAAUAGCCACAGUAAUAUUUUUUAUUUUUAUUUUUUUUUUUCUCCUAUAAAUUAUCGAUUUUAAUAGUUUGUUUUGAUUUAAUACAGGUGGUCCUGGAAACUGAGAUUACAAACAAGUCUGCUUUGAAACUUUAUGAGAAUCUUGGUUUUGUGCGAGAUAAGCGCCUGUUCAGAUACUAUUUAAAUGGAGUAGAUGCACUGCGUCUUAAACUAUGGCUGCGUUGAGAAAGAGAAUGUCAAAUCAAGGAGCAAAUUCCCAGUGGAUGCUCGGACAGGACAUCCCCUCCAUGCAGCUCUUCUGUCAGUAUCCCAUUGCGUCGCAAAUAUUUGUUGCACUAAGGCAUGGCGCAUUUGUCCUAAGAGCAGUGUUUCGAACAUCAAGGAGACCUUUUGGUACCAGCAAGAUGUGCCAGUGGCUAGCCAAGACAUAUUCAUUAAUUCGCAAAUCUACUGACUGCGUUAAAUAAAAAAAAAAAAAAUAUAUGAACAUUUAUCAGAGACCUAAUGUGAGAACUGCAAUUACAGAGAUUACAGCAGCCAAUGUAAAUUGUAAAAUUCUAUAAAUGUACUAACAUUUCAUACAAUCCUUGCCAUAGUUUUCUGAGGAAGGACGGGGAGGAAAGCUUACAUUUUAGGUUUUAAUUUCCAACUUUAAAUUUUGCAUUCUUGAAUAUUGUUACCUCGGUGAAUAGUAAAUGGGAGAGGGGGAAUCAAAUGUAUUUUAGGGUGGUGUGUGUGUGUGUUACAAUAAGUAACGGUAAUUACAGUCUGCCAGUGCCUGUUUGGGGUCAGUAAAGUUUGUCCUCACCCUCUUGCUAACUGCAUGCUUUUCUUCCCAAUCGACUUUACUUUUAUUUAAAUUUUACAGUAAAUUAUUUCAGAUUUCGAUAAUUUAGACCUUUUUUCCCCCAAUAACUUGAGUGGCGAUUAAAGGAAACACUCACUUUAUAUUUUUUUUUCACAAAGUGUAAGCUAUUUAGGGAAUAAAACAAUCAUUUAGCUGCUAAAAGGAUAUAAUAACAAAAAAAACCAAUACUAUAACUUAAAUCUAUGCUGGUUCUGGAUGCACUUUUCUUUACGAAUGAGGGGUUUUAAAGGAAAAGAAAUAUUGUAAAUUUGGUAUGAUUUUAUUUAAUACUGUUAUUGCAAAAAUCUCUAGAGAAUCCUUUUUUGCCCCUCUUAUUUUUUCCCCCUUCAUCUUCCCAUUUUAUAGUCUUUUUAGGGGUUUUCCCCAUACAAUUUUUACUGAGAUAUCCGCUUCACUUUAUCCUAAACAUUCUCUUUUGUCUUUAAAAUAAAUCUAAACGUUCUAUUGUAUUACACUGCAUCUGCAUUUAUUUCAUGUUAAUCUAGAAGAGACUGUUCUUCACUGUAGGAUAUAAAGUAAUAUUUUCAUUCACAGAUCUCACAAUUAUACUAUUUAAUAUAUGUGUAUUUUUAUUUUUCCAAACAAAGCCAGUAUAAAUGUUCCUUUCCCCCUCAUUUAUUCUUCAUUAUAGCUCAGUUUUUUGGCAGAUUUUUUUUUUUUUUAAAUGUUUUUUUGUUUAAUGAUUUAUAGCCACCAAUAUUUUUAUGAAUCCUAUACCUACAGCUAAGUACUGAUUUUCAACUUUAAAACUGUACAGGUGUAUGAUGUAUGUCUGUAAAUUAACAGGCCUUCUAAGCAGAUAGAAAUCAUUUAAAUGAACGAACCCAUUCUAAAAUAUCAGAUUUACAGUAAUUCUUUAUAUUUUCCAUAAUUUGUUUCAAUACUUUAUCAAUAUUAAGUUUGAGGAAUACAUUUGGUGCUUGCUGUUAAAUUUUUAUUUUUUUUCUGCUUGUUGUGUGUUCAGCGUUUGAUCUGUCUCCAACAGAAUUUGUACUGUAUGUUAGUGUCCUAUAUAAUGAAAAUCAAAACAAUUUCACCCAUUUCUGGAAAGGUAAAAUCACUUUUAUUGAGAUCUCAACUUUUCCAUAAACGCAAUGUUGGAUCAAAACUUAAUUGGAAUCAUUACAUUCUAAAUGUCACUAAAAUGCAAAACAAGAUUGUUCUUUAAAAGAUCAUUUAAUAUAUUUCAGUGUUGAAUAUAUUUGCUUAUUAAAUGUUGUACUUUUUUUUUUUUUUUUGGUUCCCUCAUCUGCCUUCACCCUUUCAGUGCUGAAAUAAUGAACCAUACAACACGAUUGCGGUUUUUGCAGCUCUGAACUGGUUACUUUCAAGUACUUCUGCAUUCUGCAAAACAUUGCAUUACUUAGCACUGAAACGCAAAAUACAAUUUUAAUGGGGUUGGUGUGCGUUCUAAAAUAAACCUUGUUCUGCUGUGUUUUUGGUGAUGUAGAUAUGGAUUUUGUUUAAAUUAUGUUCUUGGCUGCUGUGCAUCUUUGCUUUCGAUAAAGAAACACUGACCAAUAGAAAGAUGUGACCAGUUUCUAAAGCAAGUUGUUUUUUUAUAAUUUGUGUUUGUUUGUUUUUAAUAGCACAUGUAUGGUACAAAUUUAAUGUAUUAAGUGAAUAUCUAAGCUGAGUACAGCUCAACUACAAAGAGGUUAUUUGUGAAGAGCGGUUGUAGUUUACGGGUGCUGUUGCUAAUGGUU